AUGGCAACCAAUGCAUCUUCCCUAGACAGCAGCAACCGCGGCAAUCACUACGAUGACGACAACAACAACGGCUAUGGCGACUAUCGCGGUGGGCAGCACUUUGGAUGGAUACGGCGGCCCAACGGCGAUCUGCACAUCCGCGUCUCGGCGCUGGCUUUGUACGAAGCGGCGCGGCCUGUAGUGGCGCUUCAAACGCUUGGACUGUUUGCCGCCAGCGUCGCCGCGUUCCUGAUAACGCCGGUGCGCUGUCUCGUCGGCGCCUGGCUCGCGUUUGCCCUCUACGAUUUCGUCUCGGUAGCGCCGUACUUUGAGUUUGCCCUGCUCGCCUCGCUCGGCUACCACACCGCCUACGACUUCCCGGCGUGGGUCGAAGCGGCUGUCGUCGCCGCCGCCGUGGCCUACGUCGUGGUGGCGCCCGUCGCCAGGCUCACGUCGUUGCUGUGGCGCCUGUGUGGCAUAGCAGUGACGACGGCAUUCUGCGCUCUUAUCUCGCUCGGCAUGGCCGCGCCAAUUUGGGUGACAUGGAGUCUUAUGGUCGUGGGCAGCGCGUCGAUGCUGAUGCCUCACAGCGCCACUCUCUAUGUCGGCUUUGCAACGAUCCACCGGGUGCUGCUCGCGCUUUUGCUCUUGUACCGCUAUGUGUGGCGCAAUCUUGCUUCAUAA